AUGGCCAAUGCUAAGCUGAUCAGCCGCGGCCAUCGGCAACUUCGACCGCUUCGCAAGGGCAUCAUUGGGCUGUCUGAAACAGACCUGCUGGCACUGGGCGAGCGGUUACGGCUCUCGUUCUACGAGAGCGGUGUCAUCAAGAACCGGCGCCGCGGCCUUGUUUGCCACCCGUCUACUUUCCUUGCCAUCGACGCGGUGGAGUGGCUUGUGUCUCACGGCAAGGCAGACACCCAGCAGCAGGCAAUCACUAUCAUGACGUGCUUGCAGCGCAACCAGAUCAUCGUCAAUCUGUCCGACGAACGAGACUUCCAGGCAACGCAAGUCUUCUUCCGGUUCCGUGCCGAUGACAUCAGCAAGCCGGACAGCACCAUUGUGGAUCUGGUGGACUGCCACACCAGUAACUUGCUGCGCUCGUGGGCCACUCGAGACAAGCGCAUCAUCACGCACCACAACCGCGGCAACAAGGUGUAUCCUCACUCUUUCGUGGCCAGUGAGCUCGUUUCCCACUUAGACGAACUCAAGGAUUGCCCGCUGGCUGAGGAUGCACUAGUGCCGCUGUGCCAGAUACUGCAGGAGAGCCGCUGCAUCGUGCAGCUGCACCCGGUCAAGCCGUCCAUGUUUGCCAACAGCGUCACCAUGCUGUUCCGCUUCCGACAGGACCACAUCCUGCUCAACCGUGCCAAGGAGGUGGAGCAGCGGCGCCUGAAGAAGUCCUCGGCGCUCAUCCCGCGCUGGAUGAGUGCCACCGAGUCGCUGUCCGCCGCAGUGCGCUCUCCCGUACGCCGUGCAAAGACCAUUCUGCGGAGUCGACGGCGAGACACUGUUCCUGACCGUGGCCAGGUGUACCGCCCGGAGAUGUGGGACGGCAUAAAGCUGCAGCUCGUGGCGUCGCUGAAGGACGAGUGGGGCUUCACGUUGCACGGCACCACGCCCGUGCGAGUGUCCUGCGUUGACAAGGACGGGCCUGCGCGCAAGCUGCUCAAGGUCGGUGACAUCAUCUUGCAGAUUGAUGACCUCGACGUGUUUCGCAUGACCGGGCAGCAGGUGAUGAGUGUGAUUCGUGAAGGCAAGCCAUUUUGUCAAGUCACCAUCCAUCAGCGUCCAGAACUGCCGCCAACGACGAGGCAGGCUCGUUCGAUUAAACUCGUCACCUCUCACCCCCCUGGCAAGUCAUAA